CGGUUUUUGUGCACUACUAGGCACUAGGUAGUAGUUUUUGAGGCAUUGGAAAAUUAACGUGUAAAAUUGUGAGUUUCCGUGGCAAUAUGGGUAAAAAACGGCGUUUGAAUCGUUUUAUUUCUAAAUGGAUUAAAAGUGAUCUUCCAGAAGAACCUAGUACGGUCUUGCUACUGGGGGUGACGAGAAUACCUACAUCUCCAGUACCAACUCGCCGUCCUUGUUCUUUACCCGCUUCUGCCGCCUUUAGCGAAAAGGGUGAUUUUGUUGGGGGUGAAAGCGGUGGCGGUAGACAGUCUCGUCGAUCAUCCAUAUCGGAUGGUAAGAAGAACGUUGUAGUUAGAAGAAAUUCUUCUUUAAAGAAGAGUGGUGGUGGUGUUGGUGUCAGUAGACGGUUCCAGGUACCUGCGAUCAGCAUACACCACGUGGAUAUCAUCCGUCCACAGGUAUCAAUUAGCACUUCCGCAACCAAAGCAGUUUCUGAACCAUUUGCUCGAAAUCCGGCCCCUAUUACAGCAGUCGAUCAACAGGACGGAAUCUCCAACGCCAGUGACGUAGCGACGCCGAAGGCGUCCCCUUUGUCCAGAUGCACAGCAGCUAGUGCCGUUAUGUCAACAACGGCGCCAAAUGACGUCAUGGAGAGGUCCGUGGACUCGAUUGGAACUUGUUCCUUGGAUGUGGAAGCUUCAGUCGAUUUUUCAGAUUGGUCUGAGGCUUCUUCUGCAGGCACAUUGCGUAGCGCAAGCAUAUUGUCGCCGUCCCCUGAACCUCAUUUGCCGUCUUAUUUAAGUCUUGCUUGUACAGUCAACGGUUAUUCCACAUCAACGCACUACGAUCCAGUCCGCCUUGCAUCCAGAUCUCGAGAUGCUUCUCCACACCGGAUAGAUUGUGACCAGCAAACUAUUCCAAAACCCGCAACGUUUUCGAUACAAAAUAACUUACUUUCUCCUCCAAAUAUAGUUCCGUUACCGACCCAAAAGAUGGAGAACGCUUUAACGCAGCACAGGAAUGAAUUUUACAGUUCUCUAAAGACCUCUACGUACAUGAGUAAACAAUCCUAUUCUUCCGGCAUAUUCAGCAGUAUAAGUAGCUCGAAGGAUACGACUGAUAGUUGUUUAGAAAAUGGUCAUCACAGUAUCCAAAAUAAGUGUGUUAGUUUUGAAACUACCAGUGUUACAGCGACAAAUGGACAAAGAAAAUGUGUAUCAGAAACAGCAAUGAAACAGGAAUAUACGAAUGGUACAGAAACGAAAUCAUUCAUUCAACAGAGAGUGGAACGGCUUUAUGGACCCGGAGCUUUGGCACAGGGAUUUUUUAUUACCAAGCCACAAAAAUCUCGAAUGUUUGAAACAGAAACUAGGGGCUCUACAGGAAGUGAAAGGCAUUCAAAAUCAAUGAAUGAUAAAUUACUAGAGGACGAUCUAGAACCGGGAAUGAAACAAAGCACUAGCAGUCCUACUCUUCCAGUUUUGAGGCAUUUACGGCCCGAAUUCAGGGCUCAAUUACCGGUGAUAAGUCCUCGGAGAGGACAUUUGGAAGUUACUACUACUACCAUCCAAAAAAGUAUCACUAUACCAAAACUAAAAGAUGAAAUCAAAACUAAUGGCCACUCUAAAGUCAAUGAAGAAGAUACGAUCUGUGAAGUUAAGGAAGAGUCCGGAAAUGUAGGAGCUAAUAAUAUUAAGAAUGGAUCAGUGGAAAAAGACGGUCAUUACUUUAUAAAAAUACUCGAAGAUCAAAAUAAAAGACUUUUGGAAUUAGCCGCCAGGGUUGAAGAUGAUAUAUCAACUCCUGAUUUAUCGGAAGAAGUUAUAGGAAAACUUAGAUCUGCUUCAGGAAAAGCAAGAUUGUUAGUAUCACAGAAAAUGCAACAGUUUAAAGGAUUAUGCACCAACAAUAUUAAUCAGAGGGCUGGUGAAGAAUUCCCUACUACAAAUGAAGAUUUACAGGGCUUCUGGGACAUGGUAAUGCUUCAAGUGGACCAAGUAGAUGCCAUCUUUAAGGAAAUCGAAGAACUAAAAGCGAAUAACUGGAAGGAACCGGUCAAGGAGGUAACUAAAACUCCUCAAAACGGAAAACCUAAAAAAUUAACUCCCCGAACGAGACCUUCGUCAGCUGCAAAUGAAGAGGCAAGAAAACAGAGAGAAAUAGAAAGAAAGAAAAUGAUAGAAGAAAGACGCAAAGCGAUGAAAGCAGCUCAACAGACUAAACCUACUAUCGAAAUUUUCGUGCCUGAAAACGCUAGCUGAGAUUCGACAACAUUUUAGGUAUUUUUUUAGGGAUAGGGGUGAAUUUUAGGAAGGUAAAUUUUUAAUUAUGAAAACGAUAUAUUGUUGAUGAUUUUUAAAAAAUAUAUUCAAUUCAAGAUCCAAGAAAAUUUAAGAAGUAUUAUCAGAUAUUUUUAAAAAUAAUAAGGAUUUGCUCUUAUUAAACUUUAUUAAGAUAUUUAGUGAGUUUUAUUAUUAUUAUUUCUUUAAAUAUCUGACAUAUUCAUAAUGAAAUAUAGUUAUUUAUUGCCUGAACUAUUUCUUUGGCAGUGUAUAUUUAGUAUUGAUUAGACAUUGGAAAAGCUUAAAUUAGCGCUCGUGUGAAACAUCUAUUUUGACUUACAACCUAAUUUCAUUUUAAAAAGAAACUAAAGUAAAUAUUAGAUAAAUAUUUUGGAGAAUAUACAACAUUGAACUUUAUACUACCUGAUAUUGAAUUACGUUUUUGGUCAUUUUUGUUCUAUAUUAAGAACUUCAUAUAACGGUAUGAAUCCGAGACAUCAUACUUUUAAUAACAUCAUCACCAAAGCUAGGGUCUAUAAAUUAGAUACUUUGAGCAUUUCUGCAGCCUUCAGAUGCACUGAAAGUGAAACAUAUUCCUCCGUUUCGUAUAACCGUCGUUACCUUGUCUGGUGGCGAUGAUAUUUUGCACAAUAUUUGUAUCAGAUUGUCCUUGGCAUGUCGAGCAUCAUCGAUACAAGUACAAGGUAUAUGUUGUGGGUAGUUGACUAAUAAUAGCUUGCCUAUACGGUUCGCGGUACAUCAUCUGUAUUUGAGGUGAUGAUAGAGUCUACACUGUCUCGAAGAAACCCGAUGUUUUACAACAGUUGAAAAUGGUCCUUUGCGUGAGUUUGAUCCACGCAUCGUAAAUCAGUCAAAUACGUCUAAAAACGUAAUCUUUGGAUAUUCAAACUUAGAUGUUAAAAAACUCGAUAAUUUUUAAUAUAAGAUUUCUGUAAAAGUGUGAUAUCAGGCAUUGAUCCAUUGGUCUCAAUGCCCAAAACUUAUGUUAGAAGACAAAAACAUUAGGGUUACGCUUUUAAAGUCUACCAAAAAGCAGCAUUUUAAUUUUCAUUAUUUCUCCAUCUUAAGCGCUUACCCUUCUGGCGAAAAUGUCAGCAAUCAUUCAGGCCUGGAGAUUAUUUUCAUAAUCCAUUGCAGAGUGGCGCCAAUUUCUAAAACAUCCAGUACAGGGGUGCUCAGACUUGUAGUGUUUGCAAUCUAUCACAAAAUAUUUUAAAGACAAGCGAUGGGUUACUGACUACUACAACUAGACUAAAGCCUAGAUACUAAAAUAUGUAAAUUUCUGAAAACACUUUAUAAUUGUUUUGUAAAACGUUGUAUAAUUACUAAGUGCCAACCGUUGCCAACUUUUACUUGUCAUAAUGUAAUAAAGACUGACAUAAUGCUCUGCCACCGCAGCUUGUUAUACAAGAAACAGAAUCUCGAGGACAAUCGGUAACAUUUGCCAAACGUCUCGCGGUCAUAUUGCCUCAGAAGCAUGGAAUAUUUCGAUCAGGAUCUGAAUCUUUUGCGAUCGACUCCAGAAUCUGUUACAAAAUCUAAAUCUUCUGCGAUCGACUCCAGAAUCUGUCGUGAUCGACCAGUCGAUCGCGAUCGACUGUUUGGGCACCUCUGAUCUAGUAUGUUGAGAUUUCCCGGUUAUAAGAAGCUUUUUUCAAUGAGGCAUCUCAUAUUCAGCGCCUUUAUUUCCCAGUUACGCUAACAUUGAAACCCCUGUAAUAGUGAUUGAUCUAUUUGUUGUUACGUAAAGUCGUCACACAUUCAGGGUACAAGCCAUCCAAAUGACAUUAAACGUUAUAAUAUAAAUAGUAAGACAAGACGAAUUCCUUCACGAGAGCUACCAGCGUCUCAACGGUAUAAUACUACUCCUUUUCUACAAAUGAGAAAUUCUUCACUUCACAUACCGGAUUUUAGCGCUGGUUACUAGUUCUAACUGCACUGGCUGUGAUUUAUAUCUCAAUUGAUCAACGUGCGUUGGUUGGGAGGAUUGCAGCAAACAGAGGCGAGGGUAGUUGUGUUUAGGUAUUCUACAGAAAACGACGUCGAUGUGAAACAUAACAUUAGUUUGAAUUCAUGUCACUAAAAAUGGUUAGACGUAGACGAAGUUGUAAUAGAAGUUCUACUGUAAUAAUUUUGAAAUUAAAAAAUCUACUUAUUCCGUGCAUUAUAUACUUAUCCUGAGAAAUACUCUAUAAAAUUGUUAAAUCAAAUUGUAAAAGAAAUUCUUCUUGACUUGUUCAAUUUUUACCUUCUUGACAUUCACCUCUAAAUAUUUUGCUAUUAAAAUUUCUGCACUCUAUUAAUUUAUAAUUUAAUAUGCUCAUUUGUACAAUCUAAAUAUAUUACACUUACUGCAAAGCUAAUAAAACGUUUUAUUGUAUCAACAAAACUAAAACUUGAUAACCGAACAGCAAUUUUGUUUUAUAUCUCGCGCCAAACUUCUCAAGCAGUACAUAAUAUAUGAUUUUUUCUACUAAAUCUGUUUUUCGUCAUCGAUAAGAAGUUCAAAACUUAUGGCGUCACAAGUGCACGGCUUGACUUGUAUGUAGUUUGAAUAAACGAGAAUUGCAGAAAAAUUUUGAAAUUAUCAAAAUCAGUUCUAGGGUGCCAUUGUUUUAUUAUUGAUCACAAAGAACUAAAUUAGUAGGAAAGAUAUAGCUACAUAUUUUUUUAUAUUGAAAUAUGUGACAACAAAGAUUCAUACGAACAAUUUAGUCUAUGACUAUAUUUGUUUUUUUUUUCUAUUUGCGAUUUUAGAUUUGAUAUGAGUUAAAAAGAUUUUUUAAUUGUAUGCCUAUCUCACACGUAGUACUUUAAUCUUUAUUUCUAAUAUGUAGUUCCUAGAUAGUAAAAACAAAUACAUAGUCUAGUGAGUCAAUUAGUUAUAAUUACCAAUAUUUUACUGCACACUGUGCAUGUACUUUUUAAAAUUAUUUUUAUUUUACCUUUUGCGUUUUUUACAGAUAUUUUAAUUGGAAUGUGUUGGCAACUACUUAACCCUUUUGACAACUAUUACUUGAAAUAUAUGUAUGGAUAGUUUUUUUACUAUUUCCAAUUUUUCUUUUUAAAGAGUUAUAGACAAGGAUCUAUUUUUAUGAUAGACACCAAUAUAUUAAUUGUACUCUAAAAUUAGUGUCGGUUUAGUUAAUUUUUUUCGAGACGCCCUCUUAAACAGUAUGUUGAUUUUAGUAAAAUAAAAUCGUUUGGCUAUGUGCUCCCCAAAUUAUAAAAUCACUACUUCAGUAUUUAGGUAUUCAGGGAACUCCAAUGUUGUCAAUACUAUUUGUCACCACUGACAUAGUCAUGUAAUCGGUAGAUGUAUGAAAGGUAGUAAAGUUAAGUACUACGUGUGCCGUCCUUAUUUACUAUACCAGACUGGAUACUCGAAAUAUAUAUAUGUGAUAAAUACGAUUUAUGCAAAUGCGUUGUGGCAAUAACAAUAAUCAAAAAUUUUAAUUUAUAAAUGUAGUCAUUUAAAGAUAUAUUUAGUUUCUUAAUAACAUGAAUUAAUUUGGUUGAUAGCUGUUUUGUUGUAUUAAUUUUUUUAAUUAUCUAAAAAUGUUUACGUUGGUUAUAAAUAUGCGGAAAAAUCUAACAAUGGUUUUAUGGUGAAUAGUUUGUACUGCUUCUAGAAGUAUCAGUAAUAUACUCGUAGCCUACUUUUUAUCUUAUAAACUAUAUUUCAAUUCUGCAAAGACUGAGUUAUAAAACAAUAACACUGAACAGCAAAAAUAUUGAUAACAUGUAUUACCAAUAAUAACCAAAAAUUAUUGUACUAAAAAAAGAAGAUACAUUCCCAGUGCUUUUUUAUAACUUACUGGUGCAUUUUUAUUAAUUUUUAUUAAAAUUCUUUGUUAUACACGUGACCGUUUAAAUGAGAUGUAACAACUACAGGGUUUUAUUUAGCACAUUAGUAAAAUAACAUGCAUACGUUGGUCAAAAUGUCUCUUCGUCUAAAAUUCAAAAUAUUUAAAGUUAAGAAAUUAAAGGCCACAACAUGUUCAUAAAACAGUGUUGUGUUCAUAAAACACAACACUGUUUUUAAUUUCCAUAGAAUAUAGUUAAAUUUACAUGUUCCUCUGAAAAAUCAACCCCUUCAGAAGAAGUUUAAACUAAGUUUUUUGUGCCACUAAUUUUUAUAUCUACCUAACAGCAAAUAGACACAGUAAUAGGCAAUAUGUGUGUGUUAAUUGAGAAUUAAAUAUGUGUUUUUUAAGGCUGACAGUUUCAAAUAUUUCCUGUUAAAUAUUAGAAAUUCAGCGGCUUAAAAAUACAGAUUUAACUCUCAAUAAGCAAAUUGUUAGUGGGAGGUCUCCGUUACUCUAUCAAAAGGGAAUGUGGUUAGAUAGAAAAAAAGAGUUAUAUAAACUUCUGUUAGAUAGAUAUAAAAACUGUUUGUAGAUUAAAAUAGUUUAAAACCACUGUUGUUCUGAUGUUUCAGAGAAACAUAUUAAGUAGACUAAAUUCUGUGCAUGUUUAAAACAAGUGUUGGGUUUUAUGCUUUAUUAUUGAACGUGAAUUUUGAUCAUCUAACCGGUAAUUUCUUAAAUUAUUGAUAAUUCUGUAAAAUAUAACUGAUAUAACAACUGCUUAUAAACGAUUGGGAAAUGAAGGUCAAACUUACUGAGAUAUCUUUUUAAUGGUCCUUUAUUCCACUAUUGUAUAUUUAUCAAGAAACAUUUUGACCGAUUAAUAGCAAAACUUUUCACACUUUUUAGCGAUUCUGACACAAUAUCACCAAAUAUGAAGACUGAUAUCUAAACUAAAAAGUUAUGCUAAUGAACGUGUUUAUUAAAAAAUAAGUAAAAUGGAAAUGCUGUUAAAUAGGAGUAAUAUUUUCAAUUUAUAUUUCUUUUGUUAAUGUACCCUGUGAAAAGUCGGUGUAUGUUGUACGUAUUGUUGACAGAGAUUUUUUAAUAUAGUUGGGAUUACUAUAGAUAUGUUAUAUGCUAUGUUAGUUUUUUUAAGGUGAAGUUAAAAAUAUGACAAUUUAUUUAUUGCAUUACACCUCUAUAUCUCUUUCAUUCGAUCAGCAUUCUUAUAUCAUUUUUGAUAAUUAUUUAUUAUAUUAACUACAUUAAAUAAAUUAUUUACGCUACUUU